CUCCCCUGCCGUGGAUUUCCCGGGGAAUGUGUUCUAGGCGCAAGGCCCGGACACUAGCCGCAACCUUGACAAGCUCUGAACGGAACAGCAAACUUCCUGGGUUCAUGCAACAGCCAGCAGGGGGUUGCAAGCGAACAUAUGCAACUCUUCACAAUCGGAUGCACAGCGAAGAAAGGACUGAGCAAUUUUCUUCUCCUGAGCAGAAGAUGAAACAUUUUAGGUUGUCAGGGAUGGGAAACACUCUCAACGAAUGGCCGAGAAGCGACAGGCUGCAAUUUCCCGCCUUUUCUUUUUAAAGAAAAUUAAGAGGGUGGAAUUCUCUCUUCACAUUAUGCACAGGGGGUAGCUCAGUCACUCUCUGUUGUUGUUACUGUUACUGCUGCUGCUGCUGUUGUUAUCGUUCCUUGUCAUUUCGCGCGCUCUCGAGAUAUCUAUAGAUACUUAGAUACCCCAUAGAUGUUUCGACUCAAGCUUCCACUUGCGGCGCUUGUCGCAUGGACAACUGCGGUAGCAAGCCAGGGCAACCCUUUCUCCAGCAUUGACGCUCGUGGCAGAGUGGAUUUCACUGAACUCGGGCGCACACUCUCGUCCACCGCCGAGAUCUACCUACCAGGGUCGGACGAGUUCGACGCCGCAGUGGCACGAUGGUCCAAUCUGGCAGUGCCCGUGGCAAACGUUGUUGUUGUUCCCGGCACCGAAGAUGAUGUUGUCAAGACGGUCAAGUUUGCAAACUGCAAACGCCUGCCCUUCCUCGCGGUAAAUGGCCGUCAUGGGGCAUCCACCACUCUCAAAAAGAUGACCCAUGGCAUCGAGAUCUAUCUGAAGAAGUUGAACAGGAUCAAAAUAGCCGGUGAUGGGAAAACGGUCACAAUUGGCGGCGGAACUCAGUCCAAGAAGGUCACGGACAUGUUGUGGGCGGCUGGAAAACAAGCAGUGACUGGAACCUGUGAAUGUGUCAGCUACCUGGGUCCCGCCCUGGGAGGUGGCCACGGAUGGCUCCAAGGCCAUCAUGGUCUCAUUGGGGACCAGUUCGUUUCUAUGAGAGUCGUCAAGGGCGACGGCAGCUUGGUCACCGUGGACAAGAAUUCCGAUGUCUUCUGGGCGAUGAACGGAGCCGGCCACAACUUUGGCAUUGUCACCUCUGUGGUUUCCAAAAUCUACGAUAUCAAGCACCGCAAUUAUGCGCUGGAGACUAUCAUCUUUAGCGGCGAUAAGGUCGAGGCGGUUUAUGAGCUUGCCAACGAGAUGUGGCUGACAAACGGGACCAUGCCCGUUCAUCUUGUCAACUGGUCUUACUGGUUUUUCGAUCCUACAAUUGACCCGAAUAAGCCGGUCGUCGUCAUGUAUCUCAUCCAGGAAGGGGUAGACACCGUCAACCCAGCAUAUACUAAGCCUUUCCAUGACCUGGGGCCAAUCUCCAAAGAGUCCACUCCAGGAACUUAUCUUGACCUGGCUAGGUGGACAGGCAUCUCACUCUCCGACACGCCCUGCCAGAUAACCGGAAACGCCAACCCGCGCUUCCCCAUCUAUCUCAAAUCAUACAACCCCUCCGCGCAGCGACGGGUAUACGAUCUGUUCGUCGAGGCCACCACCAGCCCCGGCACCCCCUUCAGCAACUCACUCUUCAUGUUUGAAGGGUAUGCGAUGCAGGCCGUAAGAGCGAUCCCGGAUGGUUCCUCGGCCUUUGCCUACCGCUCCCAGAACCUGCUCGCCGCACCGCUCCUCACCUACACGCCGAACGGAAAACAACUGGAUGACCGAGCGAUGAAACUCGGCAACAAGAUUCGCCAGAUCCUCCACGAGGGAAGUGGCCAAAGUAGCUUGAAUGCGUAUGUUAACUACGCCUAUGGCGACGAGACGCCUAAGGAUUGGUAUGGGGCGGAUAAAUGGCGGCAGAACCGCUUGAAAUCUUUGAAACGGGCUUUCGACCCUAGAGGCAUGUUUAGCUUUUAUGGUCCAAUUGCGUAAAUUAAGUGUAGAAAGGAGGUUAACUGAUAUUCUGUAUAUAUAUAAACUAUCCUCCUUGCUUUCUACAAUAUAAAUCUCCUGUUACAAGGAUCGCGCAUGGGGGCCUAGACUUACUUAAGUAGCUC